CGGCUCAUGGCAGAUGAAUUGGAGCGUUUCACUAGUAUCAGGAAGAAGGAAAAGGAAAAGCCCAAUGCGGCUAAUAGGAAUUCCUCUGCCUAUUUGGAGAUCCCUACUUCAGAACGGACACUUCAGGAAAUACCGGAUGAGGAUGUGCUGGCACUUUUUGAGCAGAUGCUGCUCGAUAUGAACCUAAAUGAGGAGAAACAACAGCCUCUGAGAGAGAAAGACAUCCUGAUCAAGAGGGAGAUGGUGUCCCAGUAUCUGCACACAUCUCAGGCUGGCAUGAACCAGAAGGAGAGCUCCAAGUCAGCCAUGAUGUAUAUCCAGGAGCUGAAAUUAAACCUGAGGGACGCUCACCUGCUCAACUGCCUGGAGUCACUGCGGGUGUCGCUGAACAACAACCCCGUCAGUUGGGUGCAAAACUUUGGCGCUGAAGGCCUCACAUGCCUUCUGGAUAUUUUGAAAGGACUCCAUGAGGAAAAAGAAGAAGCACCAGGUUCGUACGACACCCGGAGCAGACACGAGAUCAUCCGGUGCCUGAAGGCCUUUAUGAACAACAAGUUUGGGAUCAAAACAAUGCUGGAUACGGAUGAAGGGAUCCUGCUGCUUGCGAGAGCUGUUGACCCCAAAGUCCCUUCCAUGAUGAUAGACGCUGUGAAGCUCCUGUCUGCCCUCUGUAUCCUGCCUCAGCCUGACAGCAUGAACGAGCGAGUUCUGGAGGCGCUGACUGUAAGAGCAGAAAUGGAUCAGGUGGAGCGAUUCAAACCUUUGCUGGAUGGCCUGAAAAAUGACACCUCGGUGGCACUGAAGGUGGCCUGCAUGCAGCUGAUCAAUGCCAUGAUCAGCUCUGCUGAUGAACUUGACUUCAGAGUUCACAUUCGCAGUGAACUGAUGCGGUCUGGGCUGCAGCAUAUCCUUAAGAAGCUGCAAAUGCUGGAGAAUGAAGAGCUGAAAGUACAACUGACUAUAUUUGAAGAACAAGGUGACGAAGACUCCGAUGACCUCAGGAACCGGCUGGAUGAGAUCCGCAUUGAAAUGGAUGAUUUCAGUGAAGUAUUCCAGCUUCUCCUCAACACAGUGAAGGAUUCCAAAGCAGAACCGUUUUUCCUCUCCAUCUUGCAGCACCUUUUACUUAUCCGCAAUGACUACGAGGCCAGACCUCAGUAUUAUAAGCUGAUUGAUGAAUGUGUCUCCCAGAUAGUUCUGUACAAGAACGGGGCCGAUCCUGACUUUAAGUGCAGGCGUCUUAAUGUAAACGUUGAGGGGUUGAUCGAUAACUUGAUUGAUCAAAACAAGGUGGAAAAAAGUGAGGCCAAAGCGCUGGAGCUGGAGAAAAAGCUGAACUCAGAGCUGACUGCACGGCAGGAGCUGCAGGUGGAAAUGAAGAAGAUGGAGGGGGACUGGGAGCAGAAACUCCUUGAUGAACGUCUAAAGAAGCAGAACUUGGACGCAGAGAAACAGCAAAUGGCUGCGGAGAAGCAGGAGCUGGAAAGCAAAGUCUCCCAGCUGAGUGAGGAGAUUGCAAAGCUGGAAAAGGAGCUCGAAGAUGCAAAGAGCGAAAAGGCUUCAUUCUCUUCUACCUCGCUAACCAUCCCACCUCCUCCUCCUCUCCCGGAUUCUUCUGGAACCAUCCCACCUCCUCCUCCUCUCCCGGAUUCUUCUGGAACCAUCCCACCUCCUCCUCCUCUCCCGGAUUCUUCUGGAACCAUCCCACCUCCUCCUCCUCUCCCCCCACCUCCUCCUCCUCUCCCGGGUUCUUUUGGAACCAUCCCACCUCCUCCUCCUCUCCCAAGUUCUGGAACCAUCCCACCUCCUCCUCCUCUCCCAAGUUCUGGAACCAUCCCACCUCCUCCUCCUCUCCCAAGCUCUGGAACCAUCCCACCUCCUCCUCCUCUCCCAAGUUCUGGAACCAUCCCACCUCCUCCUCCUCUCCCAGGUUCUCUUCCUGGAGCCAUCCCACCUCUUCCUCCUCUCCCGGGUGUUUCUUCUGUGGGAAUCCCAGUAGCCCCUCCACUGCCAGGCAUGAGUGGGGGCAUCCCUCCCCCACCUCCUCCUCCAGGAGCUCCUGGGAUCCCACCGCCUCCACCAGGAAUGGGGGCACCUCCUCCUCCCCCUGCCCUUAGUGGCUGGGGACCUUGUGCAGCUCCAGUUCUUCCAUACGGAUUAGCUCCAAAGAAGGCUUAUAAACCUGAUGUGCAGCUGCGGAGAGCAAACUGGUCCAAGAUCGUGGCCGAAGACCUCUCUCAGGACUGUUUCUGGACAAAGGCUACUAAAGAAGAGUUUGAGAGUGAGGAUCUCUUCGCCAAGCUGACGGUGACCUUUUCUGCCCAAACGAAAUCCAAGAAAGAGCAGGAGGGUGGAGAGGAGAAAAAGACAACUCAGAAGAAAAAAGUCAAGGAGCUGAAAGUCCUGGAUUCAAAGACUGCCCAGAACCUAUCCAUUUUCCUGGGGUCUUUCCGCAUGCCCUAUGAAGAAAUCAAGACCGUCAUCCUGGAGGUGAAUGAAGCCGUGCUCACCGAGUCCAUGAUUCAGAACUUGAUUAAGCAAAUGCCAGAGCCAGAGCAACUGAAGAUGCUGGCAGAGCUGAAGGAUGAGUACAAUGACCUGGCAGAACCUGAGCAGUUUGGGGUUGUGAUUAGCUCAGUUUCUCGCCUUCGACCCCGUCUCAAUGCCAUCCUCUUCAAGCUGCAGUUCAAUGAGCAAAUAGAGAACAUAAAGCCUGAGAUUGUUUCGGUGACGGCGGCCUGCGAAGAAGUGCGCAAGAGCAAGAGCUUCUCCGGCCUCCUGGAGUUUAUUCUGCUCGUGGGCAACUUCAUGAACGCCGGUUCCCGGAACGCCGGUGCCUUUGGAUUCAACAUCAGCUUCCUCUGCAAGCUCCGAGACACAAAGUCCUCGGAUCAGAAGCUAACGCUGCUGCACUUUGUGGCUGAGCAUUGUGAACAGUCCUACCCCAACCUGCUGACGUUUCCGGACGAGCUCAUCCACGUGGAGAAGGCCAGCCGAGUGUCUGCUGAGAAUUUGCAGAAAAACUUGGACAUGAUGAAGAAACAAAUUUCAGAUGUGGAGCGCGACACUGAGAAUUUUCCAGUUACUACUGAUGAAAAGGACAAAUUUGUGGAAAAAAUGACAAGCUUUAUUAAGGAUGCCAAGGAGCAGUACGACAAGCUGCGUAUGAUGCACUCAAACAUGGAAAACCUCUUCAAGGAGUUAGGGCAGUACUUCCUGUUCGACCCCAAGAAAACCUCUAUUGAGGACUUCUUCAUGGAUCUGAGCAACUUUAAAAACACGUUUCUGCAAGCUGUCAAGGACAACCAAAAGCGGCGUGAAACGGAGGAGAAGAUGCGCCGAGCGAAACUGGCCAAGGAGAAGGCCGAGAAGGAGCGGCUGGAGAAGCUGCAGAAGAGGGAACAGCUGAUAGACAUGAACGCAGAGGGGGAUGGGACAGGCGUGAUGGACAGUCUGCUGGAGGCGCUGCAGUCUGGAGACGCGUUCCGCAGGAAGAGGGAAUCGCGCCCUG